UUUAGUUUCGGGUAAACUAGGUUUAAUGUAGUAAGUAGCGCACGUUCGAACGGAACAGAGAAUCUCUCAUCUGCUAAGCUAAGCUCGCUUUGUUGACGUGAGGGAACUAACUACCCUCCGGCGUGUUCAUUCUGCAGGGGUUGGUUUUGCAAUGGUAGCAAAAUGUCAAGUCAUCAGCCUCUGUCGUUCCCUGCUUCGAGCGGGAUGUAAAUACCCUGACUACAACAUCAGGGAGUACACAAAGCGAAGGACCUUGGAUGGGUUCCGCAUGAACAAGAACCUCACUGACCCGUCAAAGGUGAACGAUGCUUAUGCUGAAGGUAAAGAACAGCUAGAGGUUGUAGAAAGGGUUCUCAAGGUUUACUUGGCAUAUCCUCCCAAGACCAAGAACAUCAUGGAACUCAAGGUUUAAGUAGUAAUUGUAUGUUUGUCAUUUUCAGGGGAGAAUUAUUGGAUUAGAACAAAGAUAGAGUGAAGAGAAUAAAGAGUUUCUUUCCUUUGUGAUUUUUCCCAGUUCGGCUGUUAUUUCAUGGAAUUGUUCUCAACUUUCUUCUACUCUUAUGUCCAUUUUUAGAACUGAUGCUGUAAGGCUAUAUAAUUAUGGGAUUCAAACACACUA